AUGAGUCAGUUUUUAAAUAAAUUUAUUGAAGUUGUAAAUCAAAUGAAGAGUUAUGCAAGUGAUACAAGUGAUGAGAAACAAAGCCAAGAGAAGGGAUCUACAAGUGAUGAGAAACAAAGUGAAGAAUCCUAUAAAAAAGGAGGAUAUAUUGCAGGUAGAAGUAGUGGAAAAGGUGGAAAUCAAAGGGAGAGAGGAAGGAGUAGUUUUGACAGUAAUUCUAGUUAUGAUAAAGGUUUUUUGACAAAAGAGGAUCAGGAGACACAAGUACUAAAUGCUUACCGAAAUGGUAUAAAUCGGAAGUUUUUGUUGGAUCAACUGGAGAAGGACAAAG